AUGCAAAAAUUCAUCUCAAUAGCUCAGAAUGCAUGGGAAAUUUUUAUAUCUGAAAGGAAGCCUGGAUGGAAGUAUCAGAUGCAGCUUUUUGCAGUUUGCUCUGCAGUUGGCUUCCUCUCCAGCUUUCUGCUCUUCCUUAGUAUGCACUUCUCCUUGGCACACCAUUCCUUGGGGCCCUUACUGAUUUCUGGAUUCAUCUGGGUUUUGUUUUCUAUCAUGCUCUUUUGUUUCAAGCACCUGCGCUGUUUCAGUGUUCUGUUCCUCCUUUCUUGUGGACUGAAAAAUGGCAGGGAUGCUCUUAUUGCUGCUGGCACAGGUGUUGUUGUGGCCAGCAACAUUCAAAAUAUUUUUCACAAUCUAAAGGUUCUGGCAGACAGUAUAACCUGUCAUUUAAAGCAGGAGCAAUUUGCCUUGAUAAAAUAUUAUAUUGAGGCAAUAAAAUGGAUUUAUGAGAUGGCCAACCUUCCUGCUGAGGAACUUAAACAUAUAGUGAUCCUAAAGCAUGAAUUGACACCAUCUUAUUCAAUUUUAGAUGAUGCAUUAAAACAAGAGCUAAAUAGCACAGAGCAAGAAAUCCAGAGAAUUGCUAACCAGAUUUCUUUUAUGUUGACUAUACUGCCCUAUAUAGGUCAGAAAAUAUUGCCUGUAUUUGGGAUUUUUCUAGUUUCUUUUGGAACUGGACUCUUUAUCAAAAAAUUUGUGGGUUCUCAUAGUACCAAAUUUAAGAAUGCUUAUAUCACAAAACAGUUCAUUGCAUUUGAUGAGCAGCAAAAGCAACAGCAAAGACCCGGUCUUCUGCCACUUAACACUAAAGAGAGGAAAGAUUAUGUGAUGAUCCCAUCCUUCUUCUUCACAAGAAAGGACAGGAAAAAAAUGCUGCGUUAUUUUCUCCCUAUAAUUAUUCAUCUUUGCAUCUGGCUUCUGUUUGCUGCAGUAGACUCUUUGUUUUAUUUGUUAAUUAUUUCUGUGAACAAAUAUCUCCAAGAAGUACCGGAUCUAGACAUUCAACUCAGACUCUCUCAGAAUAAGAAUGAGAAAAGCUAUAUCAUUUCUAUGAAAGAGCAUAUUGCCAAGACUGAUUCUUUCAAGAUCCCUUUGGUUAAGCAAAACUGCAUCCCUCAUCCCGAGCUUGCUCUCUCCACAACAUGGAUUCAGCUUGGAGUCAUCAUCUUCUUCUUAGUAAUUUUUGGGUUAUUCUCUGGCCUCCUGACCCAACUUAAAAUACUCGUGUCAACUUCCUUUUAUCCUGAUACUGAGAUGAAACGGAUACAUUAUUUACAUGCAAAAUUACUCAAAAAAAGAAAAAAACUACAAGAGAAAACUGAGAAGAACAUGUUUGCAAGAACGGUCAACUUUUGGUUUCCAAUACUCAAGGCAAGAGAGGCAGUGAGGAAGAAAGAAAGGAGUGUAGCAGAAUGA